AUGGAGGACCAGCUGCGGGGAAAGAUGAUGCACACGACGUUCUCUACCUCUCUUAUAGCUCCCACGUCAACAACCCUCCCAUCGCUCGCCGACGAUGUCUCCGAUAAGAUCCAGGCGCUGCUGGCUCUGCAGACGAUGACUUUCAAGCCGACCGACAGCGAGAUCCGCAUUGAGAACGACAGCACGAUCAACGGCGUAAUGAUAGGUCUGCUGAGCUCCUUUGGAAGCGCCAUGCUCAUCGCCCUGAUCUUUUUCGUCGUCUACUUCUUCAGGUACACUAGCAGCGGACGCAUUUUCCUGGAUCGGAUGGGGAGGCCGGGAGAGUUUGAUGAUGAGCAGGCAUAUGCGAGGGAGGAGGCGGAAGCCCUGGAGGGAAUGGACGACUUGCAGAGGACAGAAUAUCUGAGGGCUAAAGCGUUCAUUCAAGCGAACCCUCCAGACUCGUUACCAACCGAUAUUUCAUUGUCUCAGUAUUUGGCGAUUCAAGAGAAGGGUGUCUCAGCAUGGGAGUUCGAGCCAGAGUUGGAAAUUGCCAACUGUUUCGUGGAAGGGAGGACCGAAAUCGAGUUCUUCGACUCGGAAUGCUCAACGUUGACGAACCUACCGAUACCGAAGCAGAACGAGGUGUACUACUGGGAAUCGAAGAUAUACGAUAAGCCGGAGUCGACUUUGAUUAGCAUAGGUGUCGCUACGAAGCCGUACCCCUUGUUCAGACUACCCGGCUGGCACAAGUAUUCCGUUGCAUACACGUCAACUGGGCACCGCAGAUAUAAUCAACCUUUCAGCGGGCCAACAUAUGGACCGCAGUUUGUUCAAGGAGAUGUCAUUGGAGUAGGAUAUCGCCCUCGAACUGGGACCAUAUUCUUCACCCGGAACGGCAAGAAGUUGGAAGAUGUUGCCCACGGCCUCAAAUCCCACAACCUGUUCCCCGCUGUCGGAGCAAAUGGUCCCUGUACGGUGCACGUCAACUUUGGACAAUCGGGCUUUGUCUUUAUCGAGGCAAAUGUUAAGAAGUGGGGCCUCGCGCCCAUGACCGGCAGUCUUGCUCCACCCCCUCCAUAUGGCAGCGAACAAGGUAGCAUUUUGCUGGAAGCAGGAAGGGAAGGAGCUCAAAGCAGCCAAGGACAUUACCCCGACACGAGACACGGACGGACGAGGAGUGGGAAUUUCAGGUACGGACCUCCUACGAGUCCGGGACCAGUUCGCUCGCCGACAGAUAUUUCACUUGCGCACCUCACCCACUUCCCUUCCAACGACGGAUCAGGAGAGUCGAGUGCAGCACAAGCCGUCUCAACUCCCGAGCAUGCAACUACCACAGUCCAAAACGUCGGACUUGGUGUAUCCGAGCCACCGCCUGAGUACACCAGCCCUCGCCAAUCAAACGCAAACAGCCCCCGGGGAAGUGUGGAUAGUGAGCGGGCCCCCUUAAUUAGGCGAAAGAGCACGCCUCCACCAAUACCUACCUACAAUGACGCUGUAGCUGAGGACCGGGCAAGGGAGCGGGCUCAGAGCCAGAGUCAAACUACUAGGGGUCGGAUUGACAGCAACCGGGGAUCUGGAUCUAGAUGA